AUGGUUGACGAUAAGAAUAAGGACAAAAGUUACUCAAAAAAAGAUGAGAAAAAUAAUAAGAUAGAUGAAGAUAAAGAAUUUGAUGAAAAAGUGAAAAAUAUGAGUUAUGAUGAUAAAGUAAGAAAAGUAUUAGAUUUAAAAUUAGAAGGAAAUAAUGAUUAUAAAAAUAAGAAUUAUGAAAUAGCUAUAAAUAAAUAUAAUGAAGGAAUGAAAUAUAUGAAGAAAAUAGAAAAUAAAAAUGAGAAAAUUAAAGAGUUAGAAAUUGCUUUAUAUUUAAAUUUAAGUAUUUGUUAUUCAAAUGUAGAAAAAUAUAAUGAAGCUUAUGAUAAUAUAACGAAAGUUUUGAAUCUAGAUAAAACAAAUGCAAAAGGUAUGUUUAGAUUAUGUCAGAUUGAAUUUAAUCGUUGUAAUUUUGAUGUUGCUAAAGAUAAAAUUCAAGAAUUUAUUAAAAUAUAUCCAGAGAAUUUAGAAGCCAAGAAAUUAUUAAAAAAUAUUAUUUUAAAACAAAAUGAACAUAAUAAAAAACAAAAAGAAGCCUUUUCUAAAAUUUUUGAAAAAGCCUCAGGACUUUAUGAUGAUAGAGAAAAAGAAAUAAUGAGAAAAAAGAAAGAAAAAUAUGAAAAAGAAAUGAAAGAAAGAAAAGAAAAAAAUGAAGAUAUUAUAAAAUUUGAAGAAUGGGAAAUUUUAGAUAAUGAAAAAAGAAUUAAAGAAGAUGAAGAAAAAAGAAAAGAAAAAGAAAAAGAAAGAGAAAAACAAAAUGAAAAAGAAAAACAAAAACAAAAAGAAAUGGAAAAAAAAAAUAAAAAUAAAAAUGAUUCAUUAAUGUCUAGUUCAACAACUAAUAAUAAUUCAUCUUAUUUAGAUAUAGAUGAAGAAGAUCAAAAAAUUAUUAAUGAAACUAAAAAAAUGGGAUAUUGUUAUUUCAAAAAAGAUAUUAAAGAAGAUGAUAAAAAAUUCUUUGAAAAAAAUAUUCCAACAAAAAUUGAUACAACGAAUUAUCAAAAUUCAAAUACAUUAUAUAAUAAUCAAAAUAAUAAAGCCAUAUCAUCUUGGAAUGCAGCUGGAACUACAUAUGAAGAAAAAGAUAUGACUAAAUGGGCAAAAAAUAAAAUAGAAGAAUGUUUAAAAAAUAUACAUUUUAAAAAUGAUGAAGAUUCAGAUUCUUUAAAUCUAAAUAAUCAAAAUGGAAAUAAUUUUUCAUUACAAAAUUAUCCAGAUAUUUUACCAAUUCAAUAUUUAUCUAAAAUACAAUUAAAUGAUCUUAAAAAUUUAUCUGUUGAUGCACAAAUAGUUGUUAUAAGAGGUACAAAAAGACAUAUUUUUGAAUUGUCAUGUAAUUUAGAUAUUACCAUUUUCAUUAAUAUAACAGAAUUUCAUGUACAUAAAGUUCUUGUAGAAAUAAAAGAACUUUCUAGUGAACUAGAAGCUGGAAAAACAUGGAAAAACUUUAUUACCAUUAAAAAGAAUGAUAAGUUAAAAAUUCCGGAUAACCUUUUUAAUGAUAUAUAUGAUUUCGUCUUAGAAAAAGUCCAAGACCAAAUUAAAAAUUUUACGCAAGAAUAUAAUAAAAUGUAA